GCAAGUUAAUUAGCAGGCUAGCAGUCCGGGCUAACAGACUGUGUAAGCAUUAAUCAGACUGAUGAUUCAUGUAAAGUUAAGCAAAAUCCCAAAUGCAUAAUAAUUGCAACCGGCUCGCUCAUAUUCCCAGUCAGAUCACUUCACCUUUCCAAGCGAUACAGUUGGUAACAUGGUUAUCGUGUGUAUGAUGGCGAAAUAUCCAAAAUACUACACACAUCAAGACACAUGACUGCAUGCAACAGUCUGAUGAUCUGGCAAUCCUUCCAGGAAAAAUGAUAGGGAACGGGUUUUUAAUAGUGAUUUGGUAACGUUACUGACGUUUAUUUUAGACAGGGAGGUUGUUUAUGUGUGCAACAUUAACAUCUCACGGUGUUAACUGAAAAUGACUAGGUUUGAUGUAUGGUUUCCAGGCGUAUUUCCAAUCACAAACAGGAAACCCUACAUGUUCAAACAUGAUAUGAGCUCCAUCAUAGGCUUCUUAAAAAGCUGUUGCACGUGAUUCGGCGUCGCCAUGCCCUCAUCCCCUAAUAACAUAUGACUUGUCCUCCUACCUAUAUAUUGUCCUCUUGUCUGCUUGUCACAGUUUUACAUCAGUCUCUGACACAGGUGUCCAUUCACCUACCUGACUCUUGUCACAGCAGGCCUAGGCUGCUUUGGGGGUGAACGUUACCUGCCAGAAGCGUCUGGGUGUAGCCUUAUCAGUGUAGUGCACAGGGGACGAGUGGUUAUCGCCAGCGUCGCAAGUAGUCAGCAAGUAAAACUGGUGACACAUUUUUGGCUCCGUCACUGUAUGUGUCACUUCAGUUUUUAUCGUCCGGCGUAUACCUGUCUACUUCUGGAACAGUAUUUCUGGGUUAAACAGCUUUUGACAUCAAAUGAAACACAAGCUGCUUAAGGAACGAGAUUAAUAAGUAAUUCCAUGGAAGCACGCAGAGGAAUAUCCACCUGUUCUGCUCUCCAUGCCCUCCCCCAUUCCCCUUUUUCCUUUCGUGAAAACAUGACUCAUGAGUUACACCAACAAAGCUCUAUAUGGACUAGAAUUCAUUGCAACGCUUGGUAGAGCACUCACUGAAAUAUAUGGAACAACAUGACCUCUCUUUUGACUGCGGGUUAGUGUUUUAUAAUAAGAAACCUGCUGUGGAUUAUGAAAGAUCGGCUUGGAGGUUUUAAGGAGAAUAGAGUCUGGAUUUGUGAGGGGUAAGUACCACAGGAAUCAUUUUUGGAUCAAGACUACAGACGCCAACUUCGUAUAUGCAGGCCAGCAUGGCACCCAAGAACGCUGUCACAGAGUCCGUUCCAGUGCUGGAAAUGGCAGUCGUAGAAGAAAAGGAUUCGAAUGGUGGACAGAACACAGAGAAGGAGAAAGAAAGGGAAGUGGAGAUGUCAGAGGACUCGGACAGUGAGGAUUCCGUAAACCACAUCCCAAAGCGGUUAUGGGUCAUGCACGGUGCCGUCAUGUUUGGGAGGGAGUUCUGCUAUGCUAUGGAAACAGCGCUGGUCACUCCUGUGCUGUUGCAGCUAGGUCUCCCGGAGCAGUAUUACAGCUUAACGUGGUUCCUCAGUCCUAUUUUGGGUUUAAUUUUCACCCCUCUAAUUGGCUCAGCAAGCGACCGUUGCACUUUGAAAUGGGGUCGGAGGAGACCCUUCAUUUUAGCACUGUGUGUAGGAGUGUUAAUAGGAGUGGCCUUAUUUCUCAAUGGAUCUCUUAUAGGUCUGUCUCUGGGUGAUGUUCCUAGUAAUCAACCGGCUGGGAUUGUGCUGACCGUUUUUGGUGUGGUGGUUCUAGACUUCUGUGCUGAUGCUUUGGAUGGACCAAUCAGAGCCUACCUCCUGGAUGUGGCUGAUACCGAGGAACAGGACGUGGCUCUAAAUAUCCAUGCUUUCUCAGCAGGUCUAGGAGGCGCUUUAGGUUACAUGCUAGGAGGGCUGGACUGGACCAAUACCUUCCUAGGUCGAGCUUUUAAGGCCCAAGAGCAGGUCCUCUUUUUCUUUGCUGCAAUCAUCUUUAUCAUAUCUGCGACGCUUCAUCUCUUCAGCAUCAAGGAGAAUCUAUAUAACCCCAACCAGCCAGGAGUGCUGAAGGAUGAGGAUGAAGAAAAGCCACCUCUUGUCCAGCUCUAUGGCAGCUUUCCAUCUACUCGUCUCAUACCUCAACUAGAACUGAUCCCUGAGGAGGAGCCAUUUUCAGCCCAUGAGGAUGAUCGCUCCGAGCGGGAUGUUUCAACAGACUUUCUCAACAUCGACCUGGUGCGGAGUAAAAGUGACUCCGUUUUAGCCAUGCCAGAUGCUACAAUAGAGCUUGACCCAGACUUGGACCGGGAUGGACCGUUUCUGUGCGACAUCGAAACGACUUUAUUUCAGGAUUUUCAAGAUGAUGGAACAACAAUGGCUUGCCAUAAAACCAGCCAUGCGGGUCAGUGCACUGACCACCAUUUACAGAAUUGUGAUAGCAACGGGGCCCAUAUCUGUGGAGCUGCCAAACCUGUAAACGGAAUCUUUGCUGUUUCCAGCGGAGGAGCGAAUGCCACAAAUCAACCAUGCAAAGUGGGUUUACGUUUAUCUGGCGUUCCAGUGCGUCGCCGCACCCCUUCCUUCUACCGCCAGCCCUCCUUUACUUUCUCUUAUCACGGACGUGUGGGCUUUCAAUGGCGAAGGCGCUACGCCAACAUGGCCGGCCCGAUCAAAUCUUCACGAAGCCUGAAUGACAUUGACAAAUUAGAUAGACGGCACGAAAGGCAGAAGAUGCAGCUAAGUCGAAUCUCUGCAUCCCGAAGGAAUGAGGAGGAUGAAGAGAGUGAGGAUGGGGAUGGCGGUACGACGGUCAAACUGCUUUGGUUGUCCAUGCUGAAGAUGCCGCCCCAGCUCUGGCGUCUGUGUGUAUGUCACUUGCUCACCUGGUUCUCCAUGAUCGCACAAGCUGUGUUCUACACGGACUUCAUGGGCCAGGUCAUCUUUGAAGGAGACCCGACUGCUGCUGCUAACUCCACCGCCCUGCAAAACUACAGUAAAGGUGUGCAGAUGGGCUGCUGGGGGCUUGUGAUCUACGCGGCUACAGCUGCACUUUGCUCAGAUGUGCUCCAAAGGAUCUUAAACAACUACGACCUCAGCAUAAAAAUCAUCUAUAUGUUGGGGACUCUAGGCUACGCUGUGGGCACAGCUGUCAUGUCUAUCUUUCCAAAUGUAUAUGUUGCUAUGGUGAUGAUAAGCACCAUGGGAAUCAUUUCUAUGAGCAUGUCAUACUGCCCUUAUGCUCUGCUGGGACAGUAUCACGAAAUCAAAGAGUACAUUCAUCACAGCCCUGGAAACUCACGACGGGGCUUUGGCAUCGACUGCGCCAUCCUGACGUGUCAAGUGUACAUCUCUCAGAUCUUGGUGGCGUCAGCCCUCGGCGCAGUGGUAGACGCCGUCGGUACUGUGAGAGUGAUCCCCAUGGUUGCAGCGGGAGGCUCCUUUCUUGCUUUUCUUGCUGCGGCUUUCCUCGUCAUCUACCCCGAUACGCUUGACGAUGAAGAGGAUGAUGACGACGACGAUGAAGAUGAGCGAGGCCCAAGCUCUGUUAAGUCAGAGGCACCGUCCAGCAGCAGUACAGAGAAACGGAACAGUUCCAGCAAGCCAGAGGUCGAAUCCUCAGUUUGAGCUUUAGAAUGUAAAAUACUUGAGCUAUUAAAGUACAAACCCCAGAAUGCACAAGCAAGUUAAGACGAAAAAGACUCACACAUAUGCUGCAUGUACUUCUGUUGGUACGGUACAGAGAUAAAUAAUAUUUGAGUCAAAUAUGUGAUUUCUGAGAUUAUUUCUCAAGCUAUUUAUUGUUUGUGCCCAACAUUUUCAUUGUCUACACAAAUGUUUCAGUUUUGAUUUUUAAUUUUUUUAUAACCAGGUUUACAUCACUACAUUUGAAAACAUUUUUUUUAACCACAUUUUAUCAUUUAAUUUUACAAAUCAACAUUUAAAUACCAGAUGUGAGUUUGCAUUUUUUAGACUGAUUUUGUUAGUGUUCAAAUGCAUUUAUCAUUGUAUUUCCCUCCUCAGCUUCGUAUCAAAAACACUCAGGGGAAAGCUGAGCGGCUGCUGCUUUUGAGCGCAAAACGCUCAGUUCAGUUUAGAAUUCAACUAUGCACAAUGCCAAAAUGUUUUUCUAAGGAUUCUAGAUUUUGAGCAUUUGUUUUGAGAGUUGCCUUUAGUUUAUAAACUUGAUUUUCUUAGGUACACUAUUUUAAGGUAUGAAGAACACGGAGAGCUGUAACACCGAGUAAGGAAAUGGCUUUGCUGUGCGGCAGUGAUUUGUGUGUGAAAUGAAGAAGUGUGUUUAGCUGUCAUGGCAGUUUCUACUUGGUUUUAGCCUCCAAUCUUAAGUGAUGACACUCCAAUAGCGGCAGUAUUUUCACAGCCAAAUUCAUUGUACUGUUCCAGUACUGUUGUGUAGUUUAUAUACACAGGUUUUUGAGUUUAAGAAGACAGGCCAAAUAUUGUCUUUACUAGUUAGUCCCAGAACCCCACUGGCUAAGUGGACUAACUAAUCUAUGGCCUUGUGUGCUGAUAAAUGUAGGUUAGAUACGUUGCUGGAAAUGUGACAUCUGUACAGAGGUCAGUAGUCUGGCUUUGUGUCCUAUUUUAUCAAACAGAAAGAUGUUUUUUGUGUGUGUAUGUGUUUUUCAUAAACAAGGUGGACACUUUUUAUCUUCAUUUUUGUACAUGUGGUACUGUUGUGAUUUUAGUGUUUGAACCAAAUUGAAAGUUUAUACUGGUUCCAGGUGUUUAUUUUGAAUUUGUGUUCAGUUUCCAUAAAGAGAAAGUUUUACACUUCCCUGUUUGAAUGCUUGUUUGUUUUAAACUGUAGCACAGUGUGGUUGAAUCCGAAAUUAAUUGUAUUGUGGUUGUUGAUUUGUCUCUAGAGUGGUGUCUCAGCCAGCGACCACUAGAUGGCACACGUACAUAAUGAGAUACUGGGUGAUACACAAAUAGAUGCACAAAUUUAAGGAAGGCCUGUAUUCACGGAAAAAUUCAAUUUGAACUAAAAAUAAAUGAAUAAAAACUA